GAAUUCCAUGGGAGGGUAAGUGGUGUAAAGGUGGAUCAAGUAGACACGACUGGUGCUGGUGAUGCUUUUGUUGCCGGAAUAUUAUCUCAGUUAGCUGCUGAUAUUUCCUUGCUUCAGGAUGAAGGUCGACUUAGAGAUGCUCUCAAGUUUGCAAAUGCAUGUGGAGCAUUGACAGUAAUGGGGAGAGGAGCUAUCCCAGCUUUGCCAACUAGACAAGCCGUGCUCGAUGCUUUGGUUAAUAUAGUUGUUUAGAUGAGCUGAUGUUGCAUUCUAUUAUUUUUCUUUGAGAUUUCUGCACGAUUGAACUGUUGCAAGUAAUGUCUUGUUUUUUGUUUCU